AUAGCUGAUACUUUUUGUUGGCCUGUCUUGAACAAACUUCUUCCGCCGCGUGCGGUGUGGUGUACGUCGCCCAAGUCGCGAAACUUUAAAAAUGAAAACCUCACAUAGUAAACUUUAAUCAUGUGCCCCGUUACUUUGUCCUAGUACAUUCAAAUUUAUUUUUAUUCCUUAAAUUUUCGUUGUUAAAUUAAGUAUUUCGGGUAGUCCUUCUACAUAUAUUUUUUAAAUCCUAACCUGGUUUAUUGCGUUUUUAUUUUAUAAGUGCUCAUUUCCUCCGGCAAAAGAAAUGGAAAAAACUAGUGGCAAUUAUAAGCUCUACAAGCUGGUUCUUACGGGUGGCCCGUGCGGUGGAAAAACCACGGGGCAGUCCCGGUUAUGCACGUUCUUCGAAAACUUAGGAUGGAAGGUUUUCCGAGUACCUGAAACCGCCUCUGUUCUGCUCAGCGGCGGCAUAAAAUUCAGCGAUCUAAAUGAGGACGAAGCCCAAGGCCUCCGUCCCAAAAUUCAGGACUAUGGCGAUGAAUCUGCACGUAGCGAGGCUGUGAAAUUUCAAGAAAAUCUUUUGAAGACUAUGAUCCAAAUUGAGGACACCUUUUUUGAACUGGGAAGAACAUGCAGAAGAAACUGUCUUAUAAUAUGUGAUAGAGGAGCAAUGGACGCUUCAGCAUUUAUAGCCAAAGAAAAGUGGGAGAGCAUUAUGAAAGACAACAGUUGGAACAACGUAGAGUUAAGGGAUAACAGAUACAACCAAAUUAUCCACAUGGUGUCUGCAGCAAAGGGAGCAGAAGAGUAUUAUUCAACAGAGGAUCACAACUGUCGUUCAGAAAGUGUUGACUUGGCUCUAGAACUGGAUUCAAAAGCAGCCGCCGCGUGGGUGGGUCAUCCAUACUUUGAUGUCAUCGACAACUCAACAGCCUUUGAAGGUAAAAUCAGAAGGAUGAUAGUGUCAGUGUGCCACAAAAUCGGCAUCGACACCGGCGAUAGACUGCUCAAGAACUCCCGCAAACACAAGUUCCUCGUGGAGGGCCCCUUGCCGGACGAUUCUGUAUUUCCCUCCUUCCAAGAUUUCGAAGUUGUGCAUAACUACUUACAAUCUAACUCGCCGAACCAAGUCAGGCUGCGUAAACGGGGACAAAAAGGUCAUUACAGUUAUAUUCACACUGUGAGGAGGCAGAACCAACCAGGAGGACAGGUGAUUGAAGUUAAGACUCAGAUAACGCAUCGUGAUUACAUCAACUUAUUGACGCAAAAAGACAAUUCGCAUUUCACCAUUUACAAGAAACGCAGAUGCUUCAUUGAUAAUAAUCAGUAUUUCCAGCUGGACAUUUACGAACAGCCCAGCCAUCCUAGGUGCAAAGGAUUGAUACUUUUGGAAACAUAUUCAGCCUUAGGAGAUGAAGAGUUGCUGAAAACAUUACCAUCUUUUCUUAACAUAAAAAAAGAAGUAACUGGAAAUCCAGACUAUUCGAUGUACAAUUUGUCCUUAAGAGAAGACUGGAAAACAUCCAAAAAAUUUUACAAGUCAAUAAUAGGACCAGAGGAUACUCCUUGCACAGAAAUCGUGAAUGUUAACGGUCACACAAACGGAAUCGAUUGCAAGCAGUCUUACAGGUACAAGCAUGAAGACACCAAUGUGAAGCCUACCAUGAACGGAAAAGCUUGAGUGUGAUAAAUUACGUAUUUUAUUUAGUAUUUUGAUUUUAUAUAUACACAGUACUUAGUAAUUUUUCCUUUCCUCAAUGUUGUUAGCGAGAACAUGCAAUAAUUGUUUCCCACUUAGAAAAUUUCUCCUUUUAAAAUCCUACAGGUAGAAUUAAGUAAAUUUUAAUAGCAGAUAUAAAUGGAUAUAUUUAAUUUAUUAGAGGAGAUAGAUAGUCAGUAUUUAAGUAAAUUAUUUCGCCUUUUAAUUUAAUGUGAGAAACACGUACCUGCUUAUGAUCAUGUGAAAUAUUUAAAAUGUAAUCGAAGUGUCUACGUAAGAUUAUAUCAAGACAAAAAGAUAUUUUAAUAUAGGAAAUACCUUGUAUUUGACCGUUACCUAUAUGCGAUUAUAUAUGAAUAUUGUAUCGACGUCAAUUUAAAAUGUACUUAGAUUUUACUUGGUUUAUAUGGAGACCAGAUCUGACUUUCUGUCCUGUCUGUAAAUUGAACCUUAGUAAAGUGUAAAGAUGCUAA